AUUAACAGAAAUGUUUUUAUUAAUUUUUAUAAUUCAAUUAUCAUUAAUCAGUUCAGAUUUACAAAUAAAUGAAACGGCUUCUAAAAUUAAAUACCUGUUAGGUGAAUAUAAAUCAUGUAGACGGAGUCGGUGUGCUGAUUCACGUCAAUUGAAAUUGAAGAAAUUUGCUGAGAAUACGUUGAGUUUUUUGGACAAAACUGAAAGGUUUGGAGAAUAUUUGAAAUAUUAUAACGUGAGCGACUGUCAUGUUAGUGAGAAUAGAAAUUCGAUGUAUAAUUUCCAACAUAUAAUCGAUGGUUUAUUGAUAAAUAGUGAUGUGCCAGAUACGCACUGGGAUGAAUACAAAGCGGCAUAUAAUAAAAUGUAUGCAAGUACGCAUCAUGAACAAUCGGCUUUGUCAAUAUGGCGGAAUAAUCUAAAACGCGUUGCUGAACAUAAUCAGCAGUACUUGGCUGGAGAGAAGAGCUACUCUUUGCACCUCAACCACUUUGGGGACUGGCCUAUAUUCGCGUAUACAAGACUGCUAUUGAAGUUGAUUAGAACUAUCCCACUCUUCGAUCCAGCCGAAGAUCAGAAGAGGACAGCGUAUCACGAAAACAAACACCGCACUGUACCGAAUAGGUUCGACUGGCGUGUCCAAGGCUUCAAUCCUCGGAGGGAGGAACAAUGGCACUGUGGGGCAUGUUAUGCGUUUGCGGUCACUCACGCACUGCAGGCGCAACUUUACAAGAAACAUGGAGACUGGGGAGAACUUAGUCCACAGCAGAUUGUCGACUGCAGCUGGAGAGAUGGAAAUCUGGGCUGUGACGGGGGAUCCUUGCAAGCGGCCAUGAGAUACGCGGCCCGAGAUGGACUUAUGAUGGAAACUUACUACCCAUACCUUGGAAAGAAAGAUCGCUGUCAUUACAACCGACAGGCAAUCAGGGCAAGAGCUCGUCGUUGGGCAACGUUACCGAAAGGAGACGAGGACGCAAUCGAAAAAGCUGUAGCCACCAUUGGACCCUUAGCUGUUGCGGUUAAUGCGGCUCCAUAUACUUUCCAACUGUACAGAGGUGGCGUUUACGACGAUCCAUUUUGCUUUCCCUGGAGUUUGAACCACGCAAUGCUACUAGUUGGAUACACGCCGGAGUACUGGAUCCUUUUAAACUGGUGGGGAAAGCAGUGGGGGGAAGAUGGAUAUAUGAGAAUCCGAAGAGGCUUCAACAUUUGCGGCGUUGCAAAUAUGGCGACUUAUGUUGAACUAUAAAUAUUGCUUUCUAGUCGCGAUAUAUCUUCUUAAGACUAUAAUUAUUUGUUAAUUAAUAAAU